UUGGAGGAGGGAAAUGACUGUUUGAGUGGGCAUCAUAACGCUGCAUGAGACCAAUGGACACAUCUAGUUUGGACUAUGAGGAGCAUGUCCAUCCGAGUGACUGGGUCCACCAGAGUGCAGCACACCUGUGGCUCCAGGAGUUUGCUUUUUGGUGUUGCACCACAAAAGGCUCUAUGUGUGAGUACAUCAGGAGCUGUGGUGGAUGGAAAGUUACAGGGGGCCAAAGGAGUUCAGGGUACAGGAGUCAGGAAGAGAGGCGUGGAUGGACGGGUGCGGAGCUUUGAGGAGAUUCCUCACACAGGGAGGAACGGCUGGAUCAACCUGGUGAAGUUCUGGAGAGAAGAUUACUUCAAGCAACUCCACAAACACAUGGAAAAGACCUUCAAGACCCUUGGGCCCAUCUACAGGGAGCAUGUUGGCUCACACAAGAGUGUGAACAUCAUGAUGCCAUCCGACAUCGCUGAACUGUUUUGCUCAGAGGGCCUGCACCCCCAACGGAUGACGCUGCAGCCCUGGGCUACACAUCGCGAGAUACGCCAGUUCAGCAAGGGAGUCUUCCUCAAGAACGGUGAGGAGUGGCGAGCGGACCGUCUACUGCUCAACAAGGAGGUGAUGAUGAGUGCCGCCGUGAAGCGUUUUCUCCCCCUCCUUGAUGAAGUGGCGAAGGAUUUCUCUCAAAUGCUGCAGACGAAGGUCCAGAGGGAGGGAAGAGGAAAGGAGGGAAAACGCAGUCUGACCAUUGAUCCAAGUCCUGAUCUCUUCCGCUUCGCGCUGGAAGCCAGUUGCCAUGUUCUCUAUGGAGAGCGCAUUGGCCUCUUCUCCUCCUCUCCCUCUCUGGAGUCUCAGAAGUUCAUCUGGGCCGUGGAACAAAUGCUGGCCACCACGCCUCCUCUCCUUUACCUGCCCCAUCGCCUCCUGCUCCGCCUCGGUGCUUCUUUGUGGACCCAGCACGCCACUGCAUGGGACCACAUCUUCAGUCAUGCAGAGACCAGGAUCCAGAGAGGGUAUCAGCGCCUGUCGUCCCUGCAGGGCAGGAAGUCUGAGGCUGGGGCGGCAGACAGCCAGUACACUGGUGUGCUGGGUCAGCUCAUGGAGAAAGGGCAGCUAUCUCUGGACCUCAUCAAAGCCAACAUCACUGAGCUGAUGGCAGGAGGGGUCGACACGACAGCUGUGCCCCUGCAGUUUGCUCUGUUUGAGCUGGGCCGCAAUCCAGAGGUGCAGGAGAGGGUGAGGCAGCAGGUGAGAACAUCAUGGGCCCAGGCUGGUGGUGACCCUCACAAAGCACUGCAGGGGGCGCCACUACUGAAAGGCACAAUCAAGGAGAUUCUGAGGUUAUACCCGGUGGGAAUUUCCGUGCAGCGGAUGCCAAUCAAAGAUAUUGUUCUUCAGAAUUACCAUGUACCUGCUGGGACGAUGGUCCAGGUCUGUCUUUAUCCUCUGGGAAGGAGUUCAGAUGUGUUUGAGAAUCCACUGUGCUUCGACCCCGGCCGGUGGAGCAGCAGCAGAGAGGAAGGACAAAAAGAAGUCUCAGGCUUUCGCUCGCUGUCUUUUGGGUUCGGGGCGAGACAGUGUGUCGGGAGGAGGAUUGCUGAGAAUGAGAUGCAGCUUUUCCUCAUGCACAUCCUGCUGAACUUCCAUAUCAGCGUGUCGUCCUCAGAGGAUAUCAAGACCACAUACACCCUCAUCCUCCUGCCUGAGAAACCACCGAGGAUCACCUUCAGCAAGCUCUGACACACACACACA